CCCUCUGCCCUUUUUGACUUCGGAUCAAUUAAUCAGCAAGAAGAGGGGGAAUAAAAAAAAAAUGGAAAAAAAGCAAAGCAAGAGGAAGACGAGUCCAUCCCUCGCAAAUCUCUGCAUCGAAUCUGCGAGCUCCAGCAGAGAGAUCGUCGAGACAUGGCGACGUCAGAAGCGAACCCUGGAGCGCCUCCCCUCCCACCUCGCCGACGCCCUCUUCCGCCGCCUCCGCCACCGCCGCCUCCUCUACCCUUCCCUCCUCGAGGUUUUCCAGCAUUGCGUUGAAGAGGUUGAUCUGAGUGGGGAGAGCAGCGUGGAUGCUGAGUGGAUGGCUUAUUUGGGGGGAUUUCGGAAUCUUCGAAUUUUGAAGCUUUCGGAUUGCAGGAGUUUGAAUAAUCAUGCUCUUUGGCCUGUUACAGGAUUGGAUGGUUUAAAAGAGUUGGACUUGUCAAGAUGCUCAAAGGUUACAGAUGCUGGUAUUAAGCAUGUGUUAUCUAUUCCAAGUUUGGAAAAGCUAUUUGCAUCUGAAACUGGCAUGAGUGCUGAGGGUGUGAAAGCUCUCUCCUAUUUUACAAGUCUGCGAACCCUGGAUUUAGGAGGGAUACCUGUAACUGACAAGGCACUGGGUUCAUUACAGUCGUUGGCAGGGCUUGAGUACUUGGAUUUAUGGGGCAGUGAAAUUUCCAACAAUGGAGCUGCUCUUCUUGAAAAUUUUCCCAGAUUGAACUUCCUGAAUCUAGCUUGGACUAAGGUCACUGUGUUGCCACAUCUUCCUUCAGUCACAACCUUAAACAUGAGUAACUGCACCGUCCAUGCUUUAUUUGAUGGAGAAAGCAAAACUAGAAUUCCUUUGUCAAAGCUUCUUUUAACAGGAGCUACUAUUGUUGAUCCUAGCGAAGUUCUUAGAAAUGUUGAAGCAAGCUGUAUGACCUUCUUAGAUAUUUCUGGCUCUUCCACUUGCAACUUCAGUUUUCUUGUUAAUAUGAGGCGGCUGGAGCAUUUGGAUCUCAGCUCAAGCAAUAUGAGCGGUAGUUUAAUCGAUGAUUUAGCACAUGUUGGAGACAAUUUGAGGUACUUAAAUCUCAGCAAGACCAAGAUCACCUCUGAGGCAAUUGCUUUGUUGGCUGGUCAUGUGUCAAACCUUGAAACUCUCUCCCUUUCGUACACAGCAAUUGAUGAUGCCUCUUUGCCAUAUAUAGGGAUGAUGACUUCUUUAAGAACACUUGACUUAAGCCACACAGGAAUUCAAGGUUUUCUUUCGGAUAAAACAUUCUCACUGAUAGAGCUACAGAAUCUGAGUAUUUUGGAAAAUCUGAAUCUGGAAGAGACUUUAGUUAGAGACGAGGCUUUAUAUCCCUUGGCUUUCUUUAGAGAAUUGAAAUGUUUAUACCUGAAGAGCAAUAAUCUUUCUGAUAUUGCCCUCCAAGCUUUAUCAUCACCUCUCCCAAAUUUGCAAAUUCUAGGAUUUCGUGGUGCUGUGCUGACAAACUCAGGGCUUCUUUUGUAUAGUCCCUCACCAGUGCUUCGUACGUUAGACUUGAGAGGAUGUUGGCUUUUAACUGCAGAUGUUAUUUCAUUAUUUUGUAAGCAUCAUCCUAGAAUUGAAAUCAGACAUGAUGUGAAUUCUGCUAUUGGUUCAUCCUCAUUUCAAAAUCCUUCAAAAGGACCAAGAGCAAGGCAUGGGGGAGAAAAGUUACUCGAAGUCCCAAUUUUAGUAGGUAUGAAUUCUGCUAUUGGUUCAUCCUCAUUUCAAAAUCCUUCAAAAGGACCAAGAGCAAGGCAUGGGGGAGAAAAGUUACCCGAAGUCCCAAUUUUUGUAGAUGAGAGAAUAAAGUACGUUCGAGAGGAACUGUUGGACUUGCGGUUUUCACCCCUAUCAAAUCUCACGCUGCAAGGACGAGAAAUGUUGCCAACGAUUUUGAGGAAGGACCCUAUCACAUGCAGCAAGCCUGAGAUGUGCAAAUUAACUCAAAGGAUGAUUCUCAUUCUUGUUAAUUAUCCGUAAGCAGAUGACUGAUAUUGGGUGAUUUUUCCAAUGAAUUUGAUUCCAGGUCAGAUGCUUAACCCGGAAAAUAGCAGGAGGGGGAAAACCCCAUUUGAGGAGAAUGGUAUUUGAGGGCUUUAUCUUUUUUUUUUUCGAAGAAAAGUUCUCGACAGCCAUUGUUAAUGAGGAUAUAUUGACUGUCCCAUAGAACGUAAGUAUGUAAUCUUCAGAGUACUGCUGGGGGAGAGAGUUACUGCUGAGACGUCUGUAAAUGGAACCAGCAUUUAAUUUUGGUUAAAUUUUUGUUCGGCUCAUCCCAUCUUUGUCCAAAUUUUAUUCUCAUUAUGACAAUCUCGGCAGAAAGGGGGACACUGUUAGAAAACAAACUUCAUAAAGAAACAAUGUAGUCAAAGCUAAAAUGGCACAAGGCACUGAUUAUUAUUACACAAAUUCAAGAUAAAAACACUCUCCUGGCUAACAUCACCCUACGGCAUUACAGUUAUUUCCUCUAAUUAACCUCCUAAUACACUAAUAACCAUUGCUCUGUUUCCUCCAACUCCAUGAU